AUGUCCAAAAUGGAGGAUCAUGUGCUCAUUAUACCCUCAAAACGGUUUGUCCAAAUUCUGCAAGAGUUAAGAGAUGCAUUUGGGAGCCCACAGAGCAUCCAGCAGAAGAUCCCAGCGGGUGAGGGCUUAGCAGGAAAGGAAAUCAAACUGACAACACAGGACAUCAAGUGGUGUCAUGAGAAGAUGCGAGAGAGGGGCAUCCCAGAGCGCGUCCAUGAACUACUGGCAGAGAGUGAGAUCAUCUUGCCCAAAUAUGAACCACCCCCGAGGAGCCCAGAACUUGAAGCCAGGAUUCAAAGGCUGCGGUUCGAGCAAGAGAACCGCGACUACAAAGACAUGGUCAAAAGUGUGGAUAACGUUUACCAAGGAGAUGGAACACAGCUCGGAGAAAUUGGCAAAGAAAUGCGGAUUGUUAAUAGGCAUAUCAUUUCAGGGCUUCAGUACCUCUUGUCUGUUAUUGGCACUUUCUUUGCAGUAUUUAUCGCAUUGGGUAUGGCCACUCAGGACUACGGAGUGAGGGCUCUGGUAGCCACACUGGCUGCAUUGGCGGUCGGCUUAGCAGAAAUAUAA